UAAAUACUAAUUAUUUUAAUUAUUGUGAUUAUCCACCUGAGAGAUCAUAAGGUAAACCGGAAAACCAACGCAAAUGAUAAUGCAAAGCAUUCUGAACAUCCAUUUCGCAAUGAUUUGAGAAGUUUUCCAAUGUUGAGUAGUGCGAUUUUGUUUUGCCUUUGUCUGGUGAGCUUGUUUUUUUGUCGCAAAUAAAGCAAAGCGGAAGAUAGACGGGGAUAAAUCCCCCGCAUUAUGUAAUUCUGCAAUGUCGUGUGUGUGUGGGGGCAACGUGUGUCUGCAACUGUGUGAGAAUUCCCAACAUUUUAUGCUGUAACCGGUUUAAGAGACAACUGCGGAGAUUGGUAUAUACUUGCAUCCGUUCCUUUGCAUGUGUGUGUGUGUUGUUAUAAUUUGCUAACUGGGGUAGAAUUUGUCGCAAAGUAUCCCCUCCUCGCCGUGCAUUCGCACCGGAGGUCGCAUAUAUUUCUCUGCACGAUUGCAACAACGAAAUAGCGUGCACGCAUUUUGCACAAUGCGGACCAACAGCAGCGUACGUGACCUGCCAGCCUUGCAUUGCAAUUGCGUGCAACUAGAAAGGCACCGGGUUUUAAGUGCAAGCAUGUUUUUAUUUUGUCGUUUUAUGCUGCAAAGCAGAGGCUAUUAGCGAGUCAAGAGGUCGGGUUGGAGAAAGUUUGGUCAAUAUUUUGCCUUGUGCAAAAAAAAAAAAAAAAAAAAAAAAUCCGUCGCAUCUCUGCUUGCGACGCCGCAAAAUCUCGUCUCUUCGGACGCAGCGAAAGUGCGCCGGCCCUCCGGAGUGCAAAUGCAACUUAAAAGAGUCGCCAUCUUAAGCCCCGGUGUUGCAAGGUGAGGGUUCUGCAUGAAGACAACACAAUUAGAAAGCGCUAGAGUUGCGCACAAUCGGCGCCCGGCUGCUCGGAAUGGCGCAAGAGGAAGCCUUCCGUCGCCGCAAGCUGAACUUCAACGAGGAGGAGACAGAAAUCCUCAUCCGUGAAGUGACACUGAACCAGGGGCAGCUCUUUGGCAGAGGAGACAUCAAGAUCCCACCAGGGGCCAAAAAUACAAUCUGGCAUUCAAUUCUGGCCAAGGUCAAUGCCGUGUCUAAGUGCACCAGGGAUAUAGGUGACAUUAAGAAGAGGUGGUACGACAUGUGCCACCGAACCAAGGACAAAGUGAUCAGACUGGCACGAGAGGCCAUGCAGAGUGAGAGUGUGGGCGAACCCCUGCAGCAGGAGCCCAGUGUGGCCAGCUACGAUGAUGCCGGCUGGCUGAGUACCAGCAAUGAUAGCGAGCCCAGCACCAGUGGUGCCAGCUGGGAUGGCAGCACCAGCCGAGCCGGCAACAAGCCAGCCGCGGGCAACCGGCGGGGGCAGCCCGGCAAGGAGACUUGGCAAGCCAAGCGAGUACCAGUGCAGUCGUUGCCAGACCAAGCGGUGCAGUGGCCACCGGUCCUGCUCUUCACAGUGGGCCAGAAUGCUUCAGAGGAGAGCAAACUGGAGUCUCAAGGGUAUCAAGCCAAUGUAGACUUUCAUGAGACGAUUGUUGAAGUUAAACGGGAAGACCUUGGAUCAGACAUUGAUGUGGAUUAUUCUUCACCAGAACAUGGAUCUCCGCCCAUCUCGCGAGAAGAAAGUCCGCUGCUGCUGCAAAGAAAGAGGUCACAUAAGCAGAUUUCCAAAGAAGAGUUGUUAGGUAUCCAGGAACAACACAAUAUAUUACUGGGGAUUGGCAAUGAUGAGUUGCAUGGUAUCAGGCAGGAACUAAGAGAGCUGCGAGGUGAUAUUCAAGCCUUGGCCACGACGAUAAGGCAGCCCCUGAAUCGUCUAGCAGAGUGUUUGCAGACUCUGCUUCCACUGUUGCAGCACCCUCCCGCAUCUCAAACGUCGGAGACGACUGACUCUUUCACACAGCACGACGACAAAGACACCUCUGAAUCGAACGAGUUAAAAUCUCACGGCCGUAGGACUGGGCGAAAAAGAGCAAAGCUGAAUGUGUAACAAAAACAGGACAGGCUGGAAACACACGGCAGUUCAGACAACAAUUGUGGAAAGGGGAUUCGUGUUUUGGCUUUGGGACCCAUUCAUUGGAACUGGGAAAACGAGGAGAACAAUUUAUUUUCUAAUGGAAGCUUCUCUUUCAGGAAUACCAAUCUCAACGAUUGUGUUCAGUUCUGGGCACCAUGUUACAGGAAAGAUGUUGUCAAGUUGGAAAGGUUACAGAGAAGAUUUACAAGGAUGUUGCCAGGUCCAGAGGGUCUGAGCUAUAGGGAGAGGUUGAGCAGGCUGGGACCAUUCCUUGGAGCGCAGGAUGAGUGGUGAUCUUAUAGAGGUGAAUAAGAUCGUGAGAGGAAUAGAUCGGGUAGAUGCACAGUCUCUUGCCCAGAAUAGGGGAAUCGAGAACCAGAGGACAUAGGUUUAGGUUGAAGGGAGAAAGAUUUAAUAGGAACCUGAGGGAUAACCAUUUCACACAAAGGGUGGUGGGUGUAUGGAAUGAGUUGCCAGAGGAGGUAGUUGAGGCAGGGACUCUUGCAAUAUUUAAGAAACAAUUAAAUACAUGGAUAGGACAGGUUUAGAGGGAUAUGGGCCAAAUGUAGGCAGGUGGGACUAGUGUACAGUAGAUGGGACAUGUUGGUCGGUGUGGGCAUGUUGGCCUGUUUCCAUGCUGUAUGAGAUGACGCUGUUCUCCUUUACUCUCCAGCCAGACAGAUACUCAGACCUGAAACUUACACUUUCUUUAUCCACAGAUGCUGCCUGACCUGCUGAGUGUUUCCUGCAUUUUCAGUUUUUAUUUCAGAUGUCCAGCAUCUGCAGUGUUUGAUUUUCAUUUUCAUUUGAAUGUAUAAAGUUGGGUAAGAUUGAUGGAUUUUUUUGCUAAAUCAAUUUUCAUCUUCGACUGGCUUUACUUGAUUGCAAAACCAUUUUUAGCAAUCCAUGAAAAUAAAUGUAAAACUGCUUUCAGCUUGGCUCAGUUUAUGCAACACUAUCACCAGGAUUUUAUAAAUGUGUAGUUUAAGAUUGUGGAUUUUUGAAACUACACUUGAACUGUAAAACACGACAUUACAGCUCAUUGCCACUAAUUUAUCUGCACUUGGUGUACAUGAAGUAUUUUGAACGGAUGAUUUAGAUGCUUGAUCAGAUAUUUUUGUAGUGUGAACAAAUGGAUUAAGUUCACCACAAAAGAAGGAUAUUGAUAUAGAAGCAUUUUUGAUAAUGUGUAUUUUCCUAUGUUGGUGCUAAUAUACAAAAUAUGACAAGACAGAAUAAAAUGCUAUUGAUUCCGAGCAAACUUUAAGACUGUUUUAUGAAGAUAGUUCAUCCAAAACCUUCAUAGUGGAAGAAAUAGCUGUGUGAAUGUUUCUCAAAUGAGUAACUUGAAACUGAGAGAGAGAGAGAGAAGGAAUAUAUUAAAAUACAUAUCCCU